AUCAAGUCUCCUCCGUUUUCACCAAGUUGUUUUUAUUUUCUUGGAUUGAACCUCAGCGACAGCUUGUCUUUUCGUUAGAAAAUAUUUUAAGUUAAUUUAUUUACUAACAGUGUUGUGUUGCAGACCGUGAAAUAAUAAAGUAUGUUACAUUAUUUUUGUCUCCCGACUAGUAUGAACGUUAGUGACAUUAGACUAAAAACAACCUAUUAACGCCAGUGGUGAAUGUUUAGAGAUUGUUGCAUUAAUGAACAGUUUAAUGAGUGUUUCCACAUUUUAAUGCUUUGUCUGAAGGGCGUUUAUGUUUUCCUGCCUUGUUUGACACCAGGGCUCCGUGUCAUGCGCAGUCAUAGAUGGGAGUUACUCUGCAUGAACAUCUGUGAGAUACUCUGAGUUUUCAGGUUCAGGAACAGCAGCACCAACAAGGCAACUCUGAGUAGCUCAAAGCAAAAGGAAAUUACAGCUUUCAGGUUCAGACAUCAAUAAAACCACAGCAACAGUAACCAGAUUAAAAGUUAUAAGAACCAAUCAGGAGCCACAAAAAGUUUUGAUGGGCUGUUUAAAGAAGAGUAAAGCCUGGGUUGAAAUAAAAUGUAGUUAAAUUCAUUAUUUGAACUCACUGUGUGGUCAUCGAAAAGGGAUCUCAGAUUAAUCAAAUAUUAAAAAACAGUCAGCCACAUGACGGCACAUGCAGUGAACCGGUUCAGCCUGUUGAAGCUCAGGUUUUCCAUUGCAUCAUAACGAACUCCUGCAAAUUUUUAAACAUGUUGAAAAGUUGUGAGCUGGAGUUUUCUGGAUCUUCAAUGGAUUUAUCACCAACAUCCACUGUUUUUGCUGAAAAGGAUUCAAAUCUCAGGAUCGUUCUUCUUGGAAGAACUGGAGUUGGAAAAAGUGCGGCAGCAAAAACCAUUUUAGGGAACAAAGUUCAUCCUUGGCUUUCCUCAGCGACAUUGUUCUGUGAGAAGAAAACCAAUGUUCAUGCUGGUCUAAAUCUGACUGUUAUUGAUACUCCAGGUCUGUUUAGGACUGUAAAAAGUAAUAAAGAUAUUGUGAUGGAGAUCGCUAAAUGCAUCAGCCUGGCGGCUCCCGGUCCUCAUGUGUUCCUGAUUGUUCUCCAAUCAACCAGCUUCACACCAGAAGACGAAAAAACAGUGGAAAUAAUUAAGAAAACAUUUGGCAAACAAGCAGCCAGAUACACCAUGGUCCUGUUUACCCACGGAGACGAACUGAGAGAGGCAAACAUUAACAUAGAAGACAUGUUAGAAAUACACAAACCUCUAAAACGCAUCAUCAGUCAGUGCUCUGUCUUGAAGAAAUUUGAAGAUAAAUAUCAUGUUUUUGACAAAGAAGAUGAGGAUCUUGCUCAAGUCAGCGAACUGCUGGAGAAGAUCAACAGAAUGGUUCAGCGAAAUGGGGGAAGUUUCUACACCAAAGAAAUGUUUGAAGAGUCUCUGAGAGCCAAGCAAGAAGAAAUGAAACGACCGUUCAGAGAAAAUCUGGGCUUUUAUCCUGAAGGUGCAAAAAGAGAUGCUCCUCAAGCUAAAAUGGAUUCAGACUUCAGGAUCGUUCUUCUUGGAAGAUCUGGAGUUGGAAAAAGUGCAGCAGGAAACACCAUAUUAGGACGAAGAUUAUUUCAGUCUAGAGUCUCUCUUUCCUCUGUGACACAAGUGUGUCAGAGGGAAAGCAGUUACCGCUGUGGCUUCAAUCUGGAUGUUGUUGACACUCCAGAUCUGUUUGGGUCAAAGCUGGAGCAUCUGGUCUGUCCUAAACAGAUCGCUAGAUGCAUCAGCAUGGCGGCUCCUGGUCCUCAUGUCUUCCUGAUUGUUCUCCAACUGACCAGAUUCACACCAGAGGAAAGUAAAACUGUGGAAAUAAUUCAGAGAUUGUUUGGAGAGGAAGCAGCCAGAUACACCAUGGUCCUGUUUACCUAUGGAGAUGUGCUGAAAGAGGAAAACAUGACAAUGGAAAACCUGCUAGAGCAACACCAACCUCUAAAACGCUUCAUCAGCCGGUGCUCCAUCUUGGAGAAAUUUGAAGAUAAAUAUCAUGUUUUUGACAACGAAGCUGCAGAUAGAACUCAAGUCAGCGAACUUCUAAAAAAGAUCAACAAAAUGGUUGAGCAAAAUGGAGGAAGUUACUACAGCAAUGAGAUGUUCAGAGAGGCACAGAAAGCCAAGCAAGAAGAAAUGGAUCGACUGCACAGAGAAAGUCCGAGGACAUUUUUUAUAGAUGGAAGAAAACAGGCAGAGAGAGAGAACUCAUUUAUACGUGCUGCUAUGGACCCUGCUGCAGGCGGAGCUGCUGCAGGCGGAGCUGCUGCAGGCGGAGCUGCUGCAGGCGGAGCUGCUGCAGGCGGAGCUGCUGCAGGCGGAGCUGCUAACAUCUCCAACAUAUUGGAGAUGUUAGGAGAGCUGCUGCCGCUGGAGUGAGAGGGGAAAUGGUUAGAGAUGGUCCAAUAUAAUAUUAAUGUCUGUACUGGUUAUUGGUGAUGGUGGUAAAUGAUGGUGAAGCACCGCCAAGACAAAAUAAAACCUCCACAUUUACAGAA